GAGCCAUUGUUUGGUGACAGUGAGUGGGGACGUGCGCUUUCAACCGUCGUUUCAAGGAGAGAGAGAAAAGGAAGAAAGUGUGGUGUUUAGCGCCGGUGGUAUCCACAGCCAUGAGGAUCGUUCGCAGAGACAUCGUUCCUAAUGGACCUGGUAGCGUUAAGAUGGUGGCGGUGGAUUCCGAUGAUCUGUGGUUUGCGUAUAACUUGAUUGCUCCCGGAGACUCUGUCAUGGCCGUUACUGUUAGGAAGGUUGUUAGAGAGGCCGCUCAUGGCGGUCGAGAUGCAGAGCGCGUUAAGCUCAAACUGGAAAUUAAAGUCGAAGAGGUUGCUGAUUAUGACAAAGAAGGUUCUAUUCUGCGUGUUCGUGGAAAGAACAUUUUAGAGAAUGAACAUGUCAAGAUAGGAGCUUUCCAUACUCUAGAACUUGAACUGCAGCGACCGUUUGUGGUCAGAAAGGAUGUUUGGGAUUCUUUGGCUUUGGAGGUGCUACAGCAGGCCUCUGAUCCUGGUGCAAGUGCUGAUCUAGCAGUGGUGUUGAUGCAGGAAGGAUUAGCUCAUAUCCUCCUUGUUGGUAGAAGUAUGACUGUUACUCGAUCGCGGAUAGAAACAUCUAUUCCUCGCAAGCAUGGGCCUGCAAUUGCUGGUUAUGAGAAAGCUUUGGAUAAGUUCUUCGAGAAUGUUAUGCAGGCUUUCUUGAAACAUAUCGAUUUCAACGUGGUUCGUUGUGCUGUAAUUGCAAGUCCAGGAUUUACAAAGGAUCAGUUUCAUCGUCACUUAUUUUUGGAGGCAGAACGAAGACAGUUGCGAGCUAUUAUUGAAAACAAAUCACGCAUCAUUCUUGUGCAUACAACUUCAGGAUACAAGCAUAGUUUAAGGGAGGUUUUGGAUGCUCCAAAUGUCAUGAAUUUGAUAAAAGAUACUAAAGCAGCACAAGAGGUUCGAGUUAUGAAGGAUUUCUUCAAAAUGCUUUCAAAUGAUCCAUCACGCGCAUGUUAUGGAAUGAAACAUGUUGAGGUUGCCAAUGAACGCCUAGCUGUACAAACUCUUCUCAUCACAGAUGAUCUUUUCAGGAAUUCAGAUAUAUCAACAAGACAAAAGUUUGUUAACUUGGUCAACUCUGUUAAGGAUUCAGGAGGAUCUGUCCAUGUAUUUUCAUCCAUGCAUGUCUCUGGAGAGCAACUAGCCCAGAUAAGUGGCAUUGCUGCAAUUCUUCGGUUUCCUCUCCCAGAUCUUGAAGACAUUGAGAUGUGAUGGAUAAUGUUGGUCAAGCAUGUUAGUGUUGGCCAUGGGCUUUUGCACGAGAAUGGGCAAAUUUGCCUCUUAUAUUACCAAAAUAGGCAAAGUCAAAUAAAUUUACGUAAAUGGGGAAGUCGUGGGGGGCUCAAACGACUUCAAAUGAAGAAGUCGUGCCCCCCUGCACGACUUCACACUGUUCAUAGCAACAGUGUUGAAGUCGUGCACCCCAAAAACGACUUCAAGACUUUGUAAUCGAUUACAAUGUAAUGGUAAUCGAUUACAGAGUGUUGAAAUCAUGACCACCCUGCACGACUUCAAAUUUGUAUGCCACCAAAAGCACUGGUAAUCGAUUACAAAACAUGUGUAAUCGAUUACCAGGUUGCUUUGGUGCAAGGCAGAAGCGGACGCUCGUCCAGGCAGAAGCGGACGCUCGUCCAGGCAGAAGCGGACGCUCGUCCAGGCAGAAGCGACGCUCGUCCAGGCAGAAGAGGACGCUCGUCCAGCCAGGCAGAGAGAACGCUCGUCCCGAAAGCUAAGAGGACGUUCGUCCAUCUAGCUAAGAGGACGCUCGUCGAGAUGCGCUCAGUGGACGCUCGGUAGGAGAAGUGGACGCUCGUCCAUUUUCAGUGAACGCUCGUCCACAUACAGAUCGUCCGCCCGGCGCGAUUUUUCCAGAAAGUUUCACGCAAGAGUGCUUCUUCCAACAUAACCCACCUGGUAAUCGAUUACCAAAAUGGUGUAAUCGAUUACCAGUACGUUUUCUGCCUUCACAAUUCCAGUCUUGCAGGGUCAGGAUUUCAACAUUGUGUAAUCGAUUACCAAAAAAUGGUAAUCGAUUACAGGACCCAGAAGUCGUUUUUGGGGUGCACGACUUCAACACUGUUGCUAUGAACAGUGUGAAGUCGUGCAGGGGGGGCACGACUUCUUCUUUUGAAGUCGUUAUUACCCCCCACGACUUCACUUUUGGUCAAUUUUUGCCUAGAUCCGUAAUAAAUUCCUCAUUUUUGCCUAGUAUGGUGCAAAAGCCGUUGGCCAUGGCUCCUCUCUGUUUUAUUGUACUGGACUGGUGUUCCAUCAUUCCCUGGUGUUUUAUUAUACUGGACUGCGGAUUUCUGGAUAAUUGAACGAGGAAUUUGUACUAUAAACCACAAUGCCAAUUAAUAGUUGCAAGUCAUUUAUCACCCAGUGUUCCAUAUUUUUGGGUGAAUUCCUUUGCUCAUUGGUCUUUGUAUUGAAAAUUGAUACUUUUCAAUUUCCCAUCAUGUAUAUGAAUCUGUUGAGUAAUUAUGAUUGUAAACAGUCCUGUAAUCCCUAGCUAAAGGGGAUAAUUGUUGAUGUUCAAAUGCUAAAAGCUAUGGAGUGAGCAAAUUGGUUUAGGAGAA